AGAUAUCUUCAAUUCAACAUAUCCACAAUUGAAUUAAUGAUCUCUUUAAUUGAAUUGUUGCUCUCUUUAAAAGAAUUGAUGCGCGCAUUAAUUCCUUAUACAAAAGCAUUGUAAAUAAUUAAAGAUAUCUUCAAUUGAAUUAAAGAGAUCAUCAAAUUAUUUACACUGAGCUCUAAAUCAAUUAUUGCGAGCAAUAUUUCUACGAAAUUGAUGCUCUCAUCAAUUGAAUUGAAGAGAGCACUAAUUGAAUUAAUGCGCGCAUCAAAUCUAUUAUUGCUCUCAUUAAUUCAAUUGAUGCGAGCAUUAAUUCAAUUGAUGCGCGCUUUAAUUCAAUUGAUCAGAGCAAUAAUUGAAUUGAAGCGCGCAUUAAUUCAUUUGUUGAGAUCAAUAAUGGAUUCAAUGCGCGCAUUGAUUCAAUUAAAGAGAGCAAUAAUUGAAUUGAUGAUAUCUUCAAAUAAUUGAAGAUAUCUUCAAUCAUUUGAGUUUUUGUUAAUUUGGGGCUCCAUAUAUGGAAGACAUCUUAAGCGAUACCAAAACAGUUUCCUUAGAUUGACUUCAUCACGACUUCCUUCUUCGGAAGAGUUCCGUCAUCCUCCAUUGAAGCUGUAUACACACUAUUCAUCACUAAAUGGUUAUGUUUAUAAUUUCAAUGACGAUCAAUUUUUGUAUUAAAAUCUUGUCCAAGCAAAUUACAUUUCACUCCUCCAAUAAAUACGCAAAAAUACACACUAACUGGUCCCAUGCAGAGAAAACAUUGUUUAUGCGGUUCCAGUGACGAUUGGAGUAAUUCCAUCAGCAGUCUGAAGUUUUUGUUGUUGUUUUGUUAGGGUUUUUUUUUGUUUUUGUUUUUAAUUUAUUUUAUUUUUUUUACUUUGCAGGCUCUUGUACAAAGGCUCUCUUGUGGAAGUAUACUGUAAUACAUAUGGUGGUGUACUGGAUUAUUAACUUUUAUUAGGUAUUAACCCAUAAACAAUCAUACUGGGGUUCCCCUCGAUUUUUAGUUCCCAUGGUUGAAAAGUUACUUACGACUAGAAUCAGAAGAAUUAAAAGUCCGCUUUGACCAGUUAGAUAAACAACUGCACUGUCUUCAUACAAUAGUUCUAACUUCUAAUGGAUGUUCUACCUUGUGUUACCCGGGUGACCGUUAAGAUCCACGAAGCUCUUGUUUAUUCAGACAUAGUACGUUGGUGACCAAACAUAUAAAGUGCCGCAUGUAAGGAAGUGCCUGUGCGGGGUAAGCAAUACAACUCUUAUGCACAGAAACCGAAACCAGAUUAAUAUCAUUCACAAACCAAACUAAAGGCAAUUUUUUUUUAUGUGUGUGUUGGGUUUUUUGGGGGGAGAGGGGAGGGGGUGUAAUAAAUCUUGGAUUUCCAAAGUUAAUACAAGCAAUAAGAUAUGUAAAGUCGGUUUACGGUUUGUUGCAAUCAUAACCCAGUCAAGCAGCUUUCUUGUACGAAUACAAAGGGAACGACAUUUUAAUUUUGCAGUAAUCGUAAAAACUUAUCACAUAGCGACGUCAUAAAUAUCCUGAAAAUAUACAACACAAAAUAAGAAUUGUGAUUGCUUUAUAAAUCCUGUUUAAUGGACUGUGAUGGUAUCGCGGGGUAGAGGAAUGCUGGACACAAUUUACACUCCUAGUUAGAAGAACUCGCGCUCCUAGAACCAUGGACAAGAUUUCAAAGGUAAGGGAAGAAACAUGAUAAAUGCAAUAGCAAUUAGUUCAUUAAUCUAUAGAUAUUACACAGGGCCGAGUUUAACCAUCAAUGUUUUCCCCCAAUUUUCAGGUAGAAAAUUUAACAGAGGAACAGAUCGAAGAAUACAGAGAAGCGUUCAAACUAUUUGACAAAGACGGAAAUGGGUCCAUCACGACAGGGGAGCUGAUAACCAUACUGAAAAACCUAGGACAGAAUCCCACGGACGCUGAAAUUCGCGAUAUUGUGUCAGAAGUAGAUGCUGAUGGAAAUGGCGAUAUUGACUUCCCAGAAUUCUUAUUAAUGAUGUCAAAGAGAGAGAAAGACACGGAGACCGACGACGAUUUGUUAGAAGCUUUUCGAGUGUUUGACCGGGAUGGCGAUGGUAACAUCAGCACAACAGAACUUAGAAUGGUCAUGUUAAAUCUUGGAGAGAAAAUGAGUGAGGAAGAAGUGGAAAACAUGAUCAAAGAGGCGGAUGAAGAUGGUGAUGGCCAAGUCAAUUACCAAGAAUUCGUCAAGAUGAUGACAAACAAACAGUGAUGAACAUAUCCAAUUUUAUACGUAAUUUUAGAAUAAAGUUUGCUGACCUGAAUCUCUGUGACCAAUGUAUAUUUAGCUUACCCGAAUUGAAACCCCAAGUGAGUUUUUCUCAUUGAAGUGCUGCAGUAAAAAAAAAACACAACAAAGAACUACCAGUUAUAUCUAAAAGACCCAUGAUUUUCACUUCUAAAUCCGGACGCCUGGUGACAGAAGAACCGCUAUGUUAAACGUCUACACCGCACUGGGAUUGAAAAUUGAAAAUCGGACUCUGGUCUGACGCCCUAGCUACCAUGAACGAGAAGUAGAACCUAUGAACAGGUUACGACGACAACGGACAAUUUUGAUCAGAAAAGCCCACUUUAGGCUCGGUUCAAUUUAGCUGCAGAACUGUAGCUCUCUGAAAAAAUAUUUUGACAUAACAGAGAGCUACAGAGCCACCCCUUAUAAA